UUAUUUAUAAAAAUGCCACUAGAUAAACGUUAUUCCGUUUAUCAUGAAAAUGAACUUGUAUUUUCUCUAUUUAACGCUGAACCAAGGCAUUCAAUUUUUUGCACCACAAUUUCCAAAAUGUCUCCGGUUAAGCUUAUUUCAGAAUGCUUUGUCCGACCAAAAUCCGACGUCGAGGACUCCGAAAGAUACCAUUACCUAAGUCCCUUAGCCUUACAUUUGAUAUCAUUAGGUAACACACAAUAUGGUCUCUUAUUUAGAACCUCAUCAUACAAAUCUAAUAAUUUCUUUGACAACCUUAAACUCUCUCUUUCUCAUGCCCUUGUUCACUUUUAUCCUUUGGCUGGUCGUCUUGUUACCAAAACCUACGACGAAGAACAUAGUUGCUCUAUCUUCGUCGAUUGCAAAUCCGGCCCCGGAGCUAGGCUCAUCCAUGCUUCCGCCUCAGAUGUCACUGUUGACAACAUUGUCAACCCUACCACAGACGUCCCUUUGGUGGUCCAGUCAUUUUUUGAUCUUGGCGAGAGACAAGUCAAUCACGAUGGCCACACAAGGGCAUUGUUAUCUGUUCAGAUGACAGAGGUGGCAGAUGGGUUGUUUAUCGGAUGCUGCAUUAACCAUUGUGUAACUGACGGUACAUCUUUGUCUCAUUUUCUUAACGUGUUGUCUAAUAUAUUUGUUUCAGGGGAAGGAACAAAAGAUGUUAUACUACGAAAACCAGUGAUUAAGUUCCCUCCAUCAAUUUCCGAAGGAUUCCCAAUCAUCAAACUCCCAUUCAAGGAACCUAACGAGUUCAUAACCCGAUUCGACAAAGAUCACUUACUAAGAGACAGAGUCUUUCACUUCUCAGCUGCAACAAUGUCAAAACUCAAGAUCAAAGCUAAUGCCGAGGCCAACAACAGCAGUAUGCCACAACUGUCAUCAUUUAAAGCCUUAUGUGGGUUUAUCUGGCAGAGCAUCACCCGAGCUCGAAACCUUCCAUCUGAGGAAGAAACCAAGUUCGCAAUGGCAGUAAACAUAAGGUCUCGCAUAGAACCGCCUCUGUCACCAGACCACUUAGCUAACUGUUUCGUGGCUGCAACCGCGACUGCCAAAGCAGGUGAGCUGCUCAAAAACGGGUUAGGUUACGCAACCAUGCUGAUCCAUGAUGAGGUAGAUACUGUAAAUGCCGAAACAGCCCGUGAAGCGUUGGUGCUGUCAUCUGGUGAGAGUCCUACAAUUGAGUCUCCUGGGUUCAUAUCGUUAGGGACUAAUUGUGUGGUGAUGGGUGGUUCACCCAGGUUUGAUUUUUCCGGGGCCGAAUUUGGGCUUGGAAAACUGGUGGCUAUUCGGACCGGGUAUACCAAUAGAGCUGAUGGUAAGCUUACAGCUUUUCCGGGUCGUGAUGGUCCAGGUAGUGUGGAUUUACAAGUGGGUCUUCUGCCUGAAUAUAUGAGUGCUCUAUUAUUGGAUGAAGAAUUUAUGAAUUAUGUUUCCUAAAAUGGGUUAUUAAAUCUUGCAUGUAUUUUUAUGCUUUUUGUUUAUUGCACUACCAACAACUCCGUAAUGAAAUAAAAAUUUAUUGUACUC